AUGGGGGACACUCAGCAGCCAGUCGUCGAAGCAGAAGCUGAUGAUUAUGAUUCUGGACUCGAGAACGCAAGCCGAGCGAGCUCGACGACAAGUAUUGCGUCAACGAUCUUCAAAUAUAGAUCUGAGAAUGGGAGGACAUAUCAUGCAUACAAGGAUGGCGCCUACGCGUUUCCAAACGACGACACAGAGCUGGAUCGUCUAGACCUGCAACACCACCAAUUUUCAGUAACAUUUGACGGGAAACUAUUCCUCGCCCCAAUCCCAAAAGAAAAGGUCCUACACCGUGUGUUGGAUGUUGGGACAGGGACAGGAAUAUGGGCAAUCGACUUCGCAGACAUGCACCCACAAUCCCAAGUCCUAGGAAUAGACCUUAGCCCCGUGCAACCAGGCUUUGUUCCGCCAAAUCUAUCCUUCCAAAUCGACGACAUCGAAGAACCAUGGACAUACGGCCAGAAAUUCGAUUUCAUCUACAGUCGGAUGAUGGUAGGGUCUCUCGCAAACGUACCGCGGUUCUUUGAGCAGAGCUUUGAAAAUCUGGCACCGGGUGGCGUACUGGAGAUGGCGGAUAUUGCGUACCCCAUGAAAUUGAACAGUGGUGAUAUUCCAGAGGACUCGCAGUUGUAUAAAUGGUCCAUUCUCUUCACCGAAGCCUGCGCGAAAGCCGGCCGCAACGCCAACUGCGCGCGUCUGUAUAAAACCCAAAUGGAGGCAGCAGGUUUCACCAACGUGGUCGAGAAAACGCUCAUGUGGCCUACAAAUCGAUGGCCUAAAGACAAGAAACUCAAGGAUAUCGGGAUGUGGACGCUUGAGAAUCUAGAGAAUGGACUAGAAGCACUUUCGACAGCUCUAUUUACUAGAGUUCUGGGAUGGAAGAAGGAGGAAUUGGAUGUGUUUCUUGUGGGGGUGAGGAAAGAAAUAAGGGAUACGAAAUUUCAUACUUAUUGGGACAUUAUUGUUGUCUGUGGGACGAAACCAGAGUAG